ACUUUCUCCCUCUAGUCCUUUCCUCUUCUCUAAAACAUCCAGCUUAAUAAAUCCUUCUUCUCUAACUUCUAUAUCCUCGUUUGUUAUCGACUUCCUCGUCAUCGCCAAACCGAUUCUUCCGACCUGCGUAUCACGCGAACAUAAAAUCGCAGAAUCAUCGAAACUCCCCCCACUAUCAAAGAACUACUACAGUAGCGAAGAUGGUGGAGAAGGUCUACGUCACUUACAACGAUGUCCAUAAGCUCUGUCAGGAGGCUGCUCCCAAGAUCCUGGCCCAGUUCAAGCCCCAACUCAUAAUCGCCAUCGGCGGUGGCGGCUACGUGCCAGCUCGAAUUCUGCGCUCCUUCCUCAAGCAGCCCGGUAGCCCGAAUAUCCCUAUCCAAGCCAUUGGUCUCUCUUUGUAUGAGCAGCUACCCGUGACCGACAAUGCGAAUGCUGGCACUGGUGUUGUAGACCAGAUCGGAACCAAGGUUACCCGAACGCAGUGGCUGGAUCUGAGCAGCCUUGGCGAGAUGCAGAACUUGGUAGGAAAGCGCAUUCUGAUCGUAGACGAGGUCGACGACACCCGAACAACGCUGGAAUAUGCUGUCAAGGAGCUAGAGAAGGACGUCGAAGAAGCGCGACAAAAGCUAGGCACUAAUACCGAGAAGACCGAGUUCAGCAUUUUCGUCUUGCACAACAAGGACAAGAAGAAGAAGGGCGUGCUGCCUUCCAACAUGAUGGAGGAAUCGCGAUACUUGGCGGCGCGAACGAUAGGCGACGAAUGGAUAUGUUAUCCAUGGGAGGCGACUGAUAUCGACGCGCACGACGAGUUGGCAAAGAAGCAACUGAAUGGUAAUGGCGCUGUUAAGGCGCAGUGAGUACGUAGACAGAAAUGCGGCUAAGGUCUUUCCAUUUCGGGUAGGUGGCAGGUAGGAUAGACAUGGCGUGUUGAUAGACAACAUAAGGGCAUGCUCGAUACGCAUCGAGAUAGUAAUGGCCCAGGCCG